CUCGAGCCGCCUCCAUCGGUGUUGCACUUCCAACGGCGUGUAUUCGGAAUUGCAUGCACUUCCCUGCCGACGCGUGCCUCUAGUCUGUCCUCGCUCUUUCUUUCUCUCCUGCCACCAUGGCGUCCAACGGAGAGGCCAAGAGCAUGGCUCGCCGUCCGUCGGCGGCGACCUCCAACAAUGUUGUUCAGACAUCUGUCUCGCUCUCGACAAAUAACUCGCGUGCGCACCGUAGCAAUGAGUCGCACCAUGGUUUUAUCGGCUCCCAUCCUGCAAUAGCUGGUCCCGCAGGUUUUUCACCCGCAACGGCAGCUGGUUCUCCUCAGAGCAAGGCCGUGCUGGCUCUCAUCAAACGGCUUACUGCAAAGCUUCCUUGCUACUCAGGCCUUGCUCUGACCGACUUGGAGGCAGAUCGUGCAGUGCAAAACAUUAUCGAAACGCUCGUCGAGUUGGCAAAACAUGCUCUUGAUAUUAUUGUCUGGAAGUUGUCCCAGGAGCUGGAAAGUCUCGCAAAGCUGGAAGCAACAGGACAACGUGCACUGUUUAUCCUCCAGUCCGAAUUGUUUUUAUUAAAGGUCAUGUCGGUUACCCUGUCGUGUCGCUGGCAACACCGCGGUAAUAUACCGCCGCAGAAGGCAUCGCAAUCUUCAGCAGACGCGUCCAGUAAUUUCCGAGAUGGCGCAUCGUCACCAGCACCUGCGUCAUCGUUUAACUCUCAAGCCCAAAGUUCCAAGGGUAGUCAUACGGGUACGCGCUUUUCUGCACCAUCACUCAUUCUUGAGGCACCUCCGCUUGACGAGAACUGUGCUCGUUGGCUCGUGAGCGUCAUGAUUCUUCUUCUGCGGCAGGCGGCCCCGCGUGAUGACCGCACGAAGGCGUAUGAUAAUCUUAGCUCGGAUGCGACUUUAUACGGCUUCGAGUCGAUAAACAGUGACGAUGGUUUGCGACAUGAGGAUGACAUGCCAUGGAUACCUCCCUCUGACGACGAACCGGCCUCCACUCCUGCAGGCCAAGUACCGCAUAAGUCGCCCUCGAUGACUUCUGUGUCCACCAAUUCCUCUACUCCAAUACCUUUGGCUCGCUCGGCACUCGGUUUCCAGCGUACACCUCGGACUCUCACGAUGUCUUCUUUGCCACUUUACUCCUUGAUAACAGAAUGGGCAGGUAACAUUGUUUACUUGCUCUCCGCGGCAAAUUGGAGCGUAGUCUUGAGCAAGAUUCGAGGGAAAAUCCACUCUCUGGCUCGUGCCUCGAAUGAGGAUUCGCAAGACUAUACAGACUUGCAGCUCAUGCAGUACUGCGCACUGGACCGAACCAGACUGAUCCUCAUUCUUCAAGAUCUUUCUAGUUUACUCGUGAACAUGAAACCUGACGCACAAUGUGCCGUUGCGACAUGCUUGCGUCGGGCCAUCUGGAAUUGGAUAGAGACAUUUCCAAGCGAAUUCGUAGAAAUGUCAAGGGGUCAAAGAAAGCUUGACGGAGCACCCGAACGGGUCUUUGAUCUAUUCAUUCAAAUUAAGAACGACCAGAAUAGGAAAAUGCUCUGGCCUGUGCUCACUGCGUUGCUUUUGUUGAGCCACGACCGUCUGAAGCAGGUUUCUAUUCUUCUCGAAAGUCAAUCAGGGAGCAAGCAAAUUCAAGGCAAGAAGGAGCUCGUCUUUCUCGACAAACUACAAAAGAACUUGCCAGCUUCGUCAAAGUUUUCUGAAACGUCUCUUCUCUGCCACGCCGACGUCAUGCGUGCCGCGUCGUACAUCCCUGCCGAGUAUGAUGUAACCAUCAGAAGCGUUGCUUGGGAAGUGGCAGAUGACUUGAAAGAACGUCUCUGGAAAGCACAGGACCAACGACCGUUCUUCGAAUCUAGUGAACCGAUCGAUGUUCCCCUUCAUGCAGAUGUAACUGCGGGAGUCGCCAGGUUCCUUCCUGAAGAAGAAUACUUACGACUCAUCGAUGCAUGUCUUGAACCCGAACGAUCCGACACUGUCAAAAUGGUCGCCAUAAAGGCCCUCAUUACAUUAAGUCAACAGUCAGCAAAGUGGCCACACCUGGAAGCCGUGAGAUCCGAGCAUCUGAUUGAUCGUAUCCGACGCAUAUAUCAGAGCUCUGUAUCGCGGCACAACGAGAAAGAUGAUUUGGGAGUCAUGAAACGCAGCGCGACACGGCCGACAAUGAAAAGAUACAGCUCCGAGACAAUCAUAGAGAAAGAACUCCUUGCGCUCUCGAUAUUAUGCUUGUACAGAUUUGAUACUCUGUUCUUUCCUCUUUUGCUCGAUGGAGAAGAAGGCAAAAGUUGGCUUUCCGAUGUCAUAGCAGUCAUUCGAGACCCUGGCAGCGCAACUCUUCCAUUAUCUGCCCUUAGGACGUAUAUUCAUGCGGCAAACUGGAUGUUGGAACAACCAACAGGAAGCCCGUAUCAUGGGGCUGCGACUUACUGGCUUGGGAUAACAGUCCCGAUUGCGGUGCAUGUUACGGCGACACGCCUCCUAGAUACUCGCGAGAGUCUAUUCGAACAGAGGAUAAUUGCAGAGAUGCUGUUCUACUACACCUCUUUGUACAGACAAGGCGUCCAGAACGGCGUUAUGGGUGACUGGGAUUUUUCAAAUGGCCGCCUUCCGGCUGUUAUCUCUGCUGAAGUGGCGUUUUUGGUCACCUUGACGUCUACAGAUACCAUUGUUUCAUCCAUCGCAGCAAAGGGAUUAAGGGAAAUUGCGAUUGCAGAAUGCUUGCCUAACCCACGCAGACCUUUCGAGGAGAGUGACGAGGCCGCUAAGAGGUACCCACUUUAUGAACAAUUGGGAGACCCGUCAGCCAUAGUCGUCGGCCGAGUCGCUCAACAAAAGCGAAUACGGAAAGUACUGCGGCUCCUAACCACAGCUUCAGCGCUGCAUGCUUCUGUCUGGCAGGAGUGCUACUUCAGGUGGGCUGCGCUCAGAGAUUGGAUUGUAAACCGUCCUCAAGCAGUCUCUGAAUUUGAUGUCCACUCGACUUUCCGACCUGCCGGUGAUUUGUCAAUGUCCACUGAGGAGAAAUUCUACCAAUGGCAGAACUUGACGCUCUUCAUGGCUUCAUUCGGUGCUAUAUCAGUAAUGGAGGACUUGAGCGAGGAGUGGACGAAGCAGUUUCCCUUGCACGAACUGUCGGAUCGCCUGCGUAUAUCGCACGAUGGUGACGCGAUGGUGAACGAUUUCCUGGCCUACACCGUCGACUUCUUGGUAUCCGAAAUCCCUCUAGCACGAGAUACGGCGAAAGAGGCUCUCGGUUCGGAAUUGAAUCCGCGCUUGUUCAAUAGACUAUUCAGGCAGAUUUACGAUUCGGUUGAUGAUGCGGCAAGGAUCAGCGCUGACGCUCCCACUCCACAAGGCGGCGAAGACGACCUUUUACUUAUGUACUUCGAACAGCUUGUGACAGUCUUGAAACUGCUCGUCGACCGCGCCGACGCACCGCAGGACGAUUUUCUCGCAAAUAACGACCUGAGCCAGGCUUUGCUUACUCUUACCAAGUUCAUGGAGCGAUUCAAGGAUGGUGACUUGCUGCGGUUCAAGACAAAGUUCUGCAUGUUCUGUGAAGCGGCUUGUGGACGUGGCGAAUCACUUGGUCUCAGGACUGAUGAUUUCGUUCGCAAUAAUUUGCUUAACAUCAUUGUCGAGUGGUUCGAACCCGAGGGAGUUGGCCAUGAUGACUUCCAUUUGAUGCGUUUACGGCACGAAGCUAACGUGUCCGCCCUGCGCGCAGUAGUCAGAUUACUAGAACGUCUGCGUUUGCAACCUAUCGACAUUUCCACGGGAGAUGAUGCCUCACAUGUAGUCUCGAGGCGAUAUCUAAAGUAUCAAAGUGUUCUCCUUCACGGUUUGCAAUUCGAUCCCUUAUCCGAGCCUUCUAUUGACGAAGAUCGGAGCUCGCAACACUCGUCCGGACAGCGUAAGAGCUCUGACAAGGGAGGGCUUCGAGAUCUUAUCAUCAGCGGUCUUGCCCAUUUACUGUCCAUGAAUACCGAUAUUGGUCUCAAGCAUUUCCUACCACUUGGUUAUGACCAGGAUCCGGCGAAACGAGCGAUUUUCUGCAAAGUUGUUGCACGUGUGAUGGACCUUGGAGGUCGGCUGGAGACGCAGAACGAAUCUAUGGUUGCUGGACGUCGGUCUAGAAUUGGAGAGCUGGUCAAGGGUUGUGAUAUGAUUCUCGUGCUCGCAAUCUGUGAAACUUGUCCUUCCAGUGAAGUCGAUGUCGUCAUUCCCGUCCUGUUGAAUUUGUUUGACUCCAGGGCUUCGCUACUGGAGUUAUUGAAGUUGAUGAUUGAACGGGAAGUCAAGACCACUCAGAACGAAGUCAGCUUGUUUAGAGGCAACUCAAUGCGCAUUAAGCUUCUGUGCGGCUUUGCGAAAAUACAUGGCUACGAUUACCUCCGCAGGCUGGUCAAACCGUUGCUGGACAUGAUGUGUCAACCCAAGCACGAGACGUCCACGUUCAUUCUGGAUCCUACAAAGACUACUGAUGAAGACGUCGAGAAUAACAGGAAGGCUAUCAAGUUUCUCGCAGAGAACUUCUUGAGCCUGGUCUGUGACUCGGCGAGCACCAUGCCAUUAAUGCUGAGAGAAGUUUGCGCGCAUAUCUCCCAGACUGUUGCUGAAGUCUGGCCUGAGGCUAAGUUCGCCGCAUUAGGCGCCUUUAUUUUCCUGAGAUUCAUUUCUCCUGCUCUCGUUUCGCCCGACACCAUUGACAUAGAACUGCCACCUGAUCACAUCAGAAUUCGUCGCGGCCUCCUGGUCAUUACGAAGAUCAUUCAGAACCUUGCGAAUAACGUGCGAUUUGGCAAGGAAGUACACAUGAUGUGGUUCAAUGAAUUCCUGACGGACAAUAUCGUUCGUGUUAUGCGAUUCCUUACGGAAGUUAACAAAUUCAACCCCUCCGCCGUUGAAGAAGACCAAGGUGAAUGGCAAGGUGGAACCUUCGAUGAGACAGAUGCCAUCGUGUUGCACCGAUUCUUCGAGAAACAUGCCGAUAAAGUAGGGAAAGAGCUACUCAGUCUGUCGAAGACGUCUAAAGAAGGUGAAGCCGCUGUCGUUGGUGGGAAGAGGGCAUGGGAUACAUUAUGCGCUGCACUCGUAGAGAUGGGUCAGCCCGUCGACGUUCCACACUUAAGCGCGCUCCACUCCUCAUCUCCGGGUGGUUAUCAAGACUUCAUGCUUCGUAACGUGGAUAGAAACACGGACUCUGUCAUGUCAAUGUUCACGGAAGUUGCUAUAAAGGAGGACGUUGUAUUAUACCUUCUUCCUAUUUGUCAACUGGAUAUCGAAGUUCUUGACUUUGAAUUACUGGUACAUCAUAUCUUCAAGACAACGAUGUCCACUAUCAACGAAGGGAGGAAUGUUGAAGUCAUUAUAGAUUGCACUAACUAUACGACAGCAUCCGAAAUUCCGAUGCAAUGGUUCAAGUUCUUUAUUGAACUGGCACCAAGUGAUUUACGGUCGCGCUUCUCCACUGCGUACCUCCUCAAUUGCAAUUUGGCCAUGCAGCGCUUCCUCCGCAAGCUUUACAAUAUUUGCUCCGGUAUAUUUUUCAUUGAGAUUCGACCGAAGCUCAGCGUCUCCGAGCUUUGUGAAGCUGUUCACUGCAAUGUUGCGGACGCCUUGAAGACAGCAUAUAAUCUAGAGCAAGAAGAUAGGGAAGUCUUCAAGGAUAUCAUGCUUCGCCAAGCACACCUUAUGAAGGUCCCUGUAAAUCUCGCCGUUGCUCAAUCGCAUCUGCGAAUUGAUUCGGUCAAGGCGCAGAACGUAUACGCUCAAUUCUCGUGCAAGACAACUGAGAUCGUGCCAUUUGGAGACAUUGGCGAUAUCUACAAUGUAUCGACAGGGCGUGAGGCAAAUGAGUUCAUAAUCCGGCGAAACCGCAACGGUGGUACUUUAUACUUCUCUUCGCCCGAGCGGGAUCAUAUUGUAAAGACUAUCCGUUCAGCAAAAAGCCGAAUGAACGUCAGCCGUGCUGUGUUCUUCGAUCGUUUCUCGAGAUUGUCCAACGUCUCUGCCGCCCUACUCAAUAUCGCGAUGCUGAACACGCAUCACGAGCAUCCUGAUCUGAGGAGCUCCGCUUACGACCUGCUAAAGGCCGUAUGCUCGUCAAUUGGUUAUGAUUCAGAGACCUUGCUGCCAUCGUCUGGAGGAUUCAUUCCUGGUAAUCCUCUGAGGCUCGUCAUGCAGCUCAGCGAGAAGCUUGCUAUGUUUGCGCCGGAGUUGACGCUUGACUUCCUGUCUCAAGUCUGUCUAGAACAGGAGAAAACUCCGAUUGCACAGAAGUCCAUCACACUUAGGUACACGUCACCUUGGAUCAAGAAUUUGAACAGGUUCUGCGACCCUACCUGCGACUUAUAUGAGCUCUCAGGUGCAAGAUUGAGGGACUGCGUCCGAUUACUACUCGACGUGAGUGUGCGGGAUCCAGAGGCGUUCCACGUGGCUGUGCGUCUUAUCUGGCCUGAGGUUGGAAAACUUGAUACACCAGUCAUAAAUAUUGUAUUGGAUGAAGUGAUGCGUGCUGCUGUUGAUGGAGGAUUAGGUUCGACAAGAUGCGAAGUCAUGUCUGAAAUCCUGAAUCAUAUGUGCUCCAAGAGCGCUCGGGGCCGUAUAUUGGCGAAACUGCGCAAGGCAUUAGGGAAGACAUCAACUAAGCCAAGUAAAUCCCUGGAGAAGAAUGUACAUUGGAACGAAAUCACGGCAUAUUCGCGGCUUGCUCUCGGGACUGGUAAUACGAUUGAGCACGCACUUCAGGUCCAGCUCUUGGUGCCCGAAAUAAUGCAUCUUGUAACUCUCUUAGCAAGCCAGGGCGAUGCCUCCAUGCGCAAUACUGUAUAUGGGCUUGCGCUUCAAUUGUUCCAAUCACUAUAUCAAUUGCAUGCGGACGAUUCGGGUCUAUCGUCGGAAAUUCGGAAUCUCUUGGUUGAAAUAGCUCAACUUGAGACUGUUCGUCUAUUCGGUCUGACGUAUUCCUCAAAUACCAGCGAGUUUGCUAUCUUUGAUGGUUACGACAGUCGGGAGUCGCUGGAAGGCUUGACGCGGUGGUUGCUAAAGGCUCUUUGCGUCUGUGCCGGAAACACGGGUCUGGUGAAUGUGUGGAGGGCGCGAUGGAUGGGCCUCUUGACCGCUACAGCCUUCCAAUUGUCACCAAGCAUCCAGCCCCGAGCCUUUAUUGUCAUGGGAACAUUGGCGUCUUCAGAUGUGGACGACGAUCUUCUGUACCAGAUGCUUGUAGCUUUAAGGAGCGCGAUGAAAAUGGCGGACGAGUCGGACACACAAUGUGUCGUAAGCAUGCUGAACUGCAUUUGCAAAGUCGUUCCGUCCCUCCCGGAAAGCUCGCGCUAUGUCGGCACACUAUUCUGGUUGGCAGUCGCACUAUUACAGUCUAGCCAUGCUCCAUUCUAUAAAGAAGCAAUCGAUCUGCUUUGUGCUUGUGUCACAACUCUUCAAAAGCAGAAUGCGUUCCACGAGAAGGGCUUCACCGCAACGUUACUGGAAUCUCGGUCGUGCCUUGAAGAAAUCCACGUACAACUGGACGAACUUCUAGGUUUAUCAUUUGAUUCCGACUUCUCGUUUUCGUUAGCCGCUGUCAUUUUUAAAGGGAUUCGACGGCCAAACCUCCAGCAAUCAGCGGUUAAAGCUUUACGCUGUCUCCUCACUGCUUCGGUGUCGACCGUACCCACUCCAGUACCGGCGGAUGCAACCGUCCACAGCGAGGCACUAGGCUAUUUUAUAGCUCUCCUCUCAGUUUCGACUACUGUUCCAGCGUAUCAACAACUUCUGCAAGAUGCUCGCGCUGGUGAGGAGUGGAUUUCAUCGAAGGAUUCCUCUGAUCAAGCGGAGGAUGAAAAUGAUCAACUGCCUCAAAUUUCAUUCGAUGUUUUGGGGUGCACUGAGCCGCCGAGCCCUCUGUUUGCAAUCUCGUUCCUGGGUGCAAUCCUUUCCAGCGCUCAGGUCGAUGAUGCGGAGUCGCAGAUACUGUUCGGGAUCAUGAAAGAAGCAUCAAUGGUUUAUCCCGAAGUCGUCUCGCUUGCGUAUGAUGGACUGCAAGACAAGAUUCACGACAUCUUCACAAGUUCUUCCAACCCCUCGAUACUGUCAUCAGCUUCAGCAGUAUUCCGUGUGGCGAUGGAAGAUGCUGCGAGUACCGUAGGCGCAAAAGGCUCCUCAUCAACACUCAGCACACUCGACGAGGAUACCACAUACGGCCAACGUCAACUCCACGCCCUCGAAGAUCUGAAUAUGCAGGGUCUCGCGAAUACCUUCCAGUUCUUGCCACUAAAUCGCGGGCAUGUCACUAAAGUCCUUAAUUGGUUCCCUGAGUUGAUUACGAAGAUCAUAGAGUAGUCAAUUGACUCCUCUCAUCCCCCAUACAUAUCCCUCUCACCCUUUUGAGACUCUCGC